AUGACUAUCACAGAGACCGUCACUAUCAUCAACAAGUCCGGCAAGGUAGUGAGCACCGGCAAACACCUAAUCAAUAUCUUCAAAGAUGCCAGAGAUGCCUACAACGAGAAGAAGUCUGCCCUACACGCCGAACACCAAGCUCGAAGCAGACACAGACACGCGCAGAAGUUGUUGCUGGCGAGAGAAGAACUGGUGAGAGAAGAGCUGGUGAGAGAAGAGCUGGCGAGAGAAGAACUGGCGAGAGAAGAACUGGCGAGAGAAGAACUGGCGAGAGAAGAAGAACAAUCCGUCGCUUCGUCCCGACAUUCGAGAUCUUCUCGUCGCAGCCAUCGACAUAGGAGGGAAAGGGAGGGGGAGAGAUCAUCGCGGCCGCCAUUAACGGCAGAGAAUCUAUCCCAAAUUGAUGAAGAGUCUGUGGUUACAAGCAGUUCGAGGAGAAGCAGGAGGUCCGCAAGUCAUCAUGGCGAGCACCGCAGUUCCCGAAGCACGAGAGACGGAGGAGCUAGAUAUCGAUCCCCGUAUAUCGAAAACGCGGAGCCCAGCCAACUGUCUCUUGUACGACGACAUACUGACUUCCCCCCUUCCACCCCUUUCGAACCCGCCGAUCCUAUCGAUCCUAUCGAUCCCACCACAACCCAACUUACUCGUUCCAUUCUCCCUCCAUCCUAUCACACUUACGAACCGUACCGUUCCUCUUCCGUCCCGGACCUGCACGCCGAAAAUGAAGAAGAAGAGAAUAUCGACAUGAACCUCGCCUACGGACCCAUUCCACAUCCCUCGUCGCUCGCAGGCCCGGACGAGGCAAACGAAUUCGAAUUAGCAGAAACGAUGUCUCGGCUCGAUGCCCUAUUGAUCGAGGCCGAGUGUCUGCAGCAUUCCGCCACGACUAUAAUCUCCCAGUUGCAAGCGAACCCCGAAGCCAUGGCCGCCGUAGCUCUCACCCUGGCCGAAUUGUCCAACCUUCUCACUAAAAUGUCGCCCAGCAUCAUCGCCACUGUCAAGGCCGCAAGCCCAGCUAUCUUUGCUCUGCUCGCCAGCCCACAGUUCCUUAUCGCCGGCGGCGUCGCGUUCGGGGUUACGAUUGUCAUGUUUGGCGGGUACAAGAUCAUUAAGAGGAUCCAAACUAAGGAGGCACCCCGUCUGGAGGAACCGCUCGCCUACCAGGCAAUUGAGCCCUAUCAGCCGGUUCAGCCCUAUCAGCCGGUUCAGCUCUAUGAGCCGGAGGCUGAGGUCGAGGUUGAGCUGAGCUCGAUUGAUUGCUGGCGUAGGGGCAUCGCAGAUAUAGAGGCCCAGAGCGUGGGCACAAGUGUAGAUGGCGAGUACAUUACCCCCGAGGCGGCCAGGCAGAAUUACGAGAUGUCGAUUCGGGAGGAAGCUCUCGAAGAGGAAGGCAGCGAUAGGGAGACCAUCAAAGAGUGUACUGUGAUCUCGGGCAAGAGCCGCAAGAGCCACAGAAGCCACAGGAGCCAUAGGAGCCACAAGACUGCCAGCAAAAUCGGGAGCGAGUCCACGAUUCGUGGGGAAGAUGUUCCGCCCUCCAGGAGCUCUGUGAGUAAAGCUGGCUCUGAGACGGGAAGGAGCAGGGCUGGAGAGAAGGAAAAGAAAAAGAAAAAGAAGGAGAUGCUCAUGAUUGAGGAGGAACCCCAGGAUACAAAGUCGAGGAAGAGUACGACCCUGUCAAUGCUGCUCAAAGGGAGGUCAAGGAGGGGUAGGGAGGAGAGGGAGAGCGUGUUGAGUCUCAGACCCAAGACUAUUGAGAUGUAG